AUGGCAAAAGGCGCUUCGAAAGGCAAGUCCUCGGCGUCUUCGGCUACACGCAAGAAGCAGGCUCAAAAAUCUGCCAAGAAGACAGCAUACGAGCGAGACGAAAAUGGCAACCUGUUGCAUCCCGAACUCGCUGAGGCUCUCGAGAAGCAAAAGCAACAUGGCAUGCAACGAGGUCAGAAGAAGGACAAGUCCAAGAAGGACGGCAAAGGUGGAAAGAGGGGCAAAGCAGAAAAGAAGAAGCAAUACAUCCCACCACCCAAGCCACCACAGCCGUUGUCUGACCCGCUCGACUCGAUGGGUCUUGCCUCGCUGCUUCCCGCUGACCUCGUCGUGCUACUUCGCAAGGCAUCCAAGAAGGAUGUCAUCACAAGAUCCCGUGCUCUCGAAGGUCUCCUGGCUUGGGUAGAGGACGCUUUUGGCAAGUCUCCCUCCUCCAACUCUUCCGAGUCCAGUCCCGAAACGUCCAACUUGAGCUCCGAGGAAAAGCACGAUGCUCUUGUGAUGAUGCUUCCCAGCUGGGUUCAUCUCUUCCCUCGACUCGCUUUGUCGCCGACACGUCGCCUGCGACUCCUCACCAUGCAGAUCCAGGCCUUGCUACUCGAAAAGCCACAGGCGUCCUCGGACGAAGCUUCAUCCACUAAAGCAGAGCUGUUGGAGUCUCCUCAGUACAUCGAACCCAUCCUCGGCCCAUGGGCCAUCUUGUGCCACGACACGGAUCGUACGAUCGAACGACUUGGCAGAACAGCUUGGAACCACACAUGCACAUGGAAGAACCUUGAUGAGCGCCAGACAGACACCUCCGAUGCAGUGAUGCUGAAACUCAACGAUCAUUGCGACGCUCUGGUCGCACACCUGCGCACGAUUCUCCUGUCUCCCUCACCAUCGUUUGCUCUGUCAAUGACCGCCGCCCAUGCUGUUGCGGCCGAUCCGUCCUUAUCUAGAACCUCUUCCGGCUAUGCCACUCCGUCGCUUCAAACGGGCAACGUGGAACGAGACGCAAAGAACCGUGAUGGCAGUAACGUUGAAGAGGACACGGCAGCCCUCGACAAGCGUCUCGUUGCUGGCGCUCUCGCCGUCUUGACUUCCAUCAUUCGUCAGCAGCCAGGAUCAGAAGUUGUUAAAAGCCUGGAAGAGAUGCUCUCUUCAAGACUUGUCUGGGCGUCUUUGUCGCCACUCAACUUGGCUGGCUCUUCUAGUUCCAGGUCAGAACCAAGUUCGUUUGGCUACGACUCUUCUGCAGUGCGCUUGCGAGCUUGGACCUUGCUGCGUUCCCUCUACGACACGCUGCCAGACGUGCUGGACCAACACAUCCAGACCAUCGGUACCGUGGCCAUGUCUUCUAUAUGGGCAGAGCGCGACAACGCUGUCCAGAGGUCCACGCUCGAUGCUAUCCUGCCAGUGCUCAAAAAGCAUCCCAACUUGUGGCUCAUCGGCGCACACCAAGGCAAGAAGAACACUCAGGAGGCCAGCAAGUAUGAUGCUGACAGUGACGACGAUGAGGACGAGGACGAUGAUGACAGCGACGAGGAAGAUGAUGACGAUGCAGCCUCGGACACCGGCUCAGACGAUGGCGUGAAAGAGGCGAACAGUGGCUCUUCGUCCUCGCUCCGGAAACCUCGCGCCUAUGCCUCUCUCCUGCAAUGGCUCCAGUCGGCAUGCGGUGGCGCUCCACACUUGGGCUACUCGGCUGUCCUGGUCUUCAUCUCGACCAUUCCAAGCUCGAUCCUGCCACAUGACGACCUGGACGCUGCCUCGGACCUCCUCACCAACUUCUUCUCCGCUUUGUACAGCCGACCGCUCGAUUUUGAUCCCACCGGCUGCCGAGCCUUCUUCGCGUCUUUCACGGAAUGCGUCACCUUCUUGGCGAUGCGGAUGCUGCGAGCCGAUGCUAAGGCAGGCAAGGAUAACGACGCGUCUGCAAAGGAGCUAGUACGCGUGCAUUUCGGUGCAACAUGGUCAGAGCUUUUGCUUCCGAAAGCAAGCCUUCUCUCUGCUGUCGGCUUCGAAUCUGAUGUUGAAAGCACGGACGUCGAUGAGAACGCCAGAUCUCAGCGAAUCAAGAGCAUUGGUUCGACACGCAUCGUUUCCGAUCUGGCAGUACAGGUUCGACGUCUUGCGACAUCAGCACCUGACCUGGAGGUGCUCAGUGCCUUCCUUGAUGAAGCGCAAUCCGAUCUUGUCGAAGUAAGUGAGGCCCUUUGCAGCGCCCCCGCAGACUUGACAAUUUCGGCUCGCACUCAGCUCUUGGCAGCACUUGAGCGCGCAACGUCGUUCUAUGCUGCACUGGCACCGGCUCAAGGCCACCAGGGAAUCGCUGAGCUUCGGACAGCUUCCGCGUCCAGCCUGGCACAGCUCGUCAAACUGGCCGCUUCUGACCUGGUCGACAUUGCCGCCAAUGUCGAUCUGAGUGCUGAUAGCAAACGAACACGAGCAACACUGCUAGCCGAGUAUCUGUGUCUUCUGCUGCGAGCUGUUGUGAGUUACCCGGAAGCGCUGGACGAGGCAACCACAAAACAGCUGUCGCAAGCUGCCAGUGUAUCUGUACCGCAGCUGACAGCGACAAAAAGCGUGGCGCCUGCUUCGGCCGCUUCGUUCCUUGCCGCCUACUUGCCGUUGCGUCCCGACGAACAGGCUCGCGGAAAGAUCUGGACAGAGACAUUAUCGUCUGUUGCGGCCCUGAGCGAGCUGUCAGACCAGGUGGAUGCCAUGACCGAAUUAUUGGCAGCGUCCGAGGCUGUUUUGUCAAUGUCCGAUACUGACAAGAGCAGAGAGUCUCACCUGCCCGUGCCAGCAGCCGAAGCUGGCAUCGAGGAACUUAUGAUGGAUCUAACCGUUGCCCUGUGCGAUAGCUCCAGCCUGCCGAACGAAGUUCGAGGCAGCUUGCGACGCAUCGUCAGCAGGAUUCUCGCCAAGCCAAGUCCCUUUGUUGACGAGACAUGUACGGCUUCGAUGCUGUCCGUGGUCACAUCCACCAUCGAGCAGUUCAGGUCCACCCUGCUGGAACGAGUACGGGCAGAUGAGGACGUGCAGGCUCGGCAAAGGAAAGCCGCUAUCGUGAUAGAAGAUCUGCUUGACUGCCUUGAUUCCUGGAUUCAAGCACAUUCAAGCGAGGAUCUGGGUCGACUUCUGUUCACAAACCCUACUUACAAGGGUGUUUUCGCGGCUCUCUCGGAUCUGUAUUCCUUGCAUCACAUCGACGCGGAGGGUGAAGUUUACGAAGAGCUUGAAAGUGAGACUUCCGAUGAUUGGACGGAGAAGGCGAUCGCGUACCGAGACGUGUGGCCCAAAGCGGAAGCGAUCCAUGGAUUCAUCGUGGGACACAGCUCGCCUGAGCUUCGGUCGCAGAUGCAAAAAGAAGCUCUUGUCAGCUUACAGGACCAUUUGCUUGACAUCCAGGUGCCCGUCGCGCGUGUCGUUGCUGCGGCUAGAUACAACGCUGCUCUGCUGCCAGAACCAAAGGAGCUAGCAGAGAUGCUGGUCAAAGCCUGCAAGCAAGACACUCAUCCAGCAUUGAACGUCUUUGAUCCUGUUGUUCGACAGCAGGUUGCAUCCGAAGCAUUUAAGUCCGCUUUCAACCCCCCGCUCGACAAUCAUGGCCUUGGUAUCUUCGCGCGCGUCUGCCUCGCUGCGCUGGUCAUGAUCAGAAGAGAUCGUGCCAAUGCUCGCCACUUGCUGUAUCUGCUUCCUUAUGUAGUCAUGCUUUCGAUACUGAUCGAAGAUGAUCUACUGUAUCCUGGAGCAUCAAAGCACACCCUCAGCACUGGGUCUUCGCCUGACACAAAUCAGGAGUGGCUGCAGAGCUCAGUGACUGUCAUCACCGGAUUGGUUUCAUCUCUCAGCGACAGUGUGUCAGAGAACUGGCACACCGACAUUGUUAUGUCGCUACAGCGCUCAACUAUCCUUGAUGCUGAUAAGGACGCCCUUGGUCACGUGCUGUGUACACUCUGGCAGAUGGCAUCUCAGCUCGACAGUCCAAGCACUUACCUGGCCCGCAUCUUCCACCGCCUGCUCAAUGCAGUAUUCAGCUUCGGCACCAUCACGGAAGCAGGUGCAGAUCGGUGGCUCAAGCUCGGGGACUCCAUUCAAGACCGUAUGCCGGCCAUGUCAGCUACCAUCUUCCACGCGGCCAAGCCAAUCGCUGGCUCUUCUCCCAUCUAUGACCGUCUUCGCAACGGAGCCGCUGCCAAGCUCUCUGGGCUCGGGCCAGACACAUCUCCAAAUCGCGUCUUGAGCUCGCUUCGUACUCUUGUGGCUCUAGCCCCGCCUCUUGACUCCGACGUAUCGAUCAUCCCACAGCAACGAGCCAUCUUCUUGCUGAAAGAUCUUGACAAGUGGUACUCGGCUGACACCUCCGAGGACACUAAUGAGGAAGUCUCGACCCGUCUCGUAGAGCUGUACAUCCACCUGCUUCCGGUAGUCCAGGAUAUUCAGGGAAGCCAUAUGGACUUUAUGUUCGACAGCCUCGAGACGAACUUGGAGUUCUGCUCGCUUGAGCAGGACGAGACAUUGCCUCAGCUCUAUCACACCUUGCGCUUCCUGGAGGCCAUGCGCGACCUUGCUUCACGCAACGCCAACUUGCGCGAGUACUGGAAGAAUCGAGGUGUGUCCUGCAUCGACUCGGUGCGUGAGCUCUUCUUGUCUUUGCCUGGUAUGCAGUCCAUCUCGGCCCCGAAGCAGGCGUGUAUCGAUCUCAUUGUCGAGUUGAUCAGAGAGACUUCAGAUGCGCCAUUCAAGUUGCAAGAGACAGCGGGACCAUUGUGCAAGCUGCUCGUCCAGAGCACGUCCCGCGAGGUCCAGGUAAUCAGCUACCGCCUGCUCAGCGGCGCAAUUCGAGAGCAUGUCAAGGAACUCGUCGUCGAGUCGGCAGUAGACAGGGAUGCUCUUGCAACCGAAGAAGGACAGAGGAAACUCACGUUACCCGAAGCGCUCGUUGAUAAUGUCGCCGACAGUCUCAGCUCGCAACUCAACUUGCUUGUUGAGGAGGAAGCUGCUCGUCGCACCGCUUUCGGUUACUUCUUGUCUUGGAUUGCGAUCUUUGAGCACUUCGAGAACGCCUCAUUGUUGGUCAAGUCUGCUUUCUUGGCUGAGAUCGAGAAGCGUCAUCUUCUCAUUGAUUCGCUUCUUCCCACCGUCUUUGCACUGGUUGGACUCGCUGAUGAAAGCCGAAGACCUUUCGAUCCGAGCCGUUUCAUACUUGAAGAAGUCUUCUUGGACCAGAUCGAUGCCGAAUCGUCACUCACAGUCCUGCAAGUGCUUGCAGCCCACGUCUACCUCCGAGCUCUCAUCCACGUCCCCACCACGGUCCGAAGCUGGUGGGUUGACAUCAAAGACCGACAACACUCCAUGCUGAUUGCCAGCUUCACCACUCGUCACUGCUCUCCUGUCAUCGCCAACCGCGAACUGUCCCACUUGCGCGAGCCCGAGGCACUCUCCAAACUUCAGGACGAAGCGCUGAGCAUCAAGAUCCUGUCGACGAACGAAGUUAUCGCCACCUACGUCGUUGACGAGCAUCCGAUGGAGAUUGGAGUCAAGAUCCCCGCCGACUUUCCAUUGCACGGUGUGGAGAUCCGCGACAUUCAACGGGUCGGUAUUACCGAAGCCAAGUGGCGAUCGUGGUUGCUGGCAGUACAGCAGCUCAUCACGGGUCAGAAUGGGUUGAUCUUUGAUGCAUUGAGUCUCUUCAAGAGGAACGCCGAGGUUCAGUUCCAGGGUCUGGAUGAAUGUGCGAUUUGCUACUCGAUCAUCUCACCCAUGGACAGGAGUUUGCCGACAAAGCCAUGCAAGACGUGUAAGAACAAGUUCCAUGCUGGGUGUCUGUUCAAGUGGAUUUCGACGUCAGGGGCUAGUACUUGUCCUUUGUGCCGAUCGAUUCUGUAG